AUCUUUCAAAAUGAAGUUCGCCAUUGUAGCUGCCUUGUUGGCAGUUAGCUUGUGCCUGAGCACAGCUGCCCCUCUCGCCGAAGAGGUGGAACCAAUUGCUCCCUAUGCUGAAGAAAAUUAUCGUUUACCCACCAUCAUUACACCCAGUAACUAUAAUAUUACUCUGAAACCCUAUUUGAUGGACAGCGACGGUGCAAAACAAUUCACUUUCGAUGGUGAAUGUUACAUUACCAUCAAGUCCAGUGUAAAUACCAAUAACUUGGUAUUGCAUAGCCGUAACUUGAAGUAUACAUUGCGUGAAUAUUAUGCUAAGAGUAAUCCAACUGUAAAAUUCACCCUUCCCAAUGCCGAACCUAACACUGUCACCGAUAUUGUAACCUAUCAAUUGACCAAUCAAUUGGUUGCCGGUCAGGAAUAUGUUUUGCAUUUCAUCUACACCGGUACCAUGGAUGAUGAUAUGCAUGGUUUCUAUCGCAGUUCCUAUGUUGAUCCCAAGGGUAACACUAAAUGGCUUGGUUCAACCCAAUUCCAACGUAAUGAAGCCCGUCGUGCCUUCCCCUCAUUCGAUGAACCCCGCUUCAGAGCCACCUUCGAUGUAACCCUUGUCCGCCACAAGAGCAUGAAGACUUACGCCAACACCCGCUUGGCCAGCAGUACCACUGAUGGUGAUUACGUUACCGAUCGUUAUAUGACCACACCCAAUAUGCCCACCUACAUCUUGGCCUUCAUUGUCUCGGAAUUCAAUGAACGUUUCAAUGGUGAAUUUGGUGUCAUCGCCCGUCCGGAAUUCUAUCAUCAAACUGAAUACGCUUUCGAUGUGGGUCAAUUGACGUUGAAGGCAUUCGAUGACUACUUCGAUUUGCCCUAUUACUCGUUGGGUAACGAUAAAAUGCAUAUGGCUGCCAUUCCUGAUUUCUCUGCUGGUGCUAUGGAAAAUUGGGGUCUCUUGACCUAUCGUGAACGUUCGUUGUUGUAUGAGCACGGUUCGACCACACUGAGUGCCCAACAAAGUAUUGCCGGUGUU